AUGCUACGACUUCUCGCAUCAGCUUCUACCUCGUUGCCAUCAUCAGCACCGGUCUUUUAUGCUAACGCCGAUAGAACAGGAUAUCUCAAUCUUUACGAGUUUAAUCCUAAGCCGUACUCUAUGGAAUCAUCUAAGAUGGGACUACCCAAGAUCUCGUUUCCAGACCCACCUCGUCCCCCAACUCCAGGGCCGCCUCCACGGCCACCCCCAAUCCCUCCCCGUCCGCCGGUACCGACGCCGCCACCCAGUCCAAAUUCUUCAGCAGAAGCAGAUCUGCUUCGAGGACUCGUGGCUGAACAGCUCUCCAUUGUUGCUGUUCGACUGGUCGACGUCUGGCUCGCUUUAGGCGUGCCAGUAUCGCUUCCUCAUCCCCCUCGCCCGCCAACUCCAGGGCCUAGACCAGGGCCUAUAGGUCCUAGACCGGAUGUACCUACGCCGCCGCCUAGCCCACGCAGAUCCGCAAAAAGUCUCAUUAACGAGGCGACCCGCUGCGGUGGGAAGCUCGAAAUUAGCUACCUUGGCGAGCAUUUGUCGAGACGAUUACUGAACGAACACCUGGCUUUUAAACCGGAUGCCUUCGUGCCCCUUACGCUGACGACGUCAUGUGAUUCGCGCAAAGGUACAGACAUCGACGACCAGGGAGAGCUAUACGACGAUAAGCUUACCAACUAUUCAGAUGAUCGAGGUGAAACGGGAUUGCAUACUCUCGUCUAUGAUAUUGCCCCUUGGAACGAAUCGGAUCUGGGCGCCCCAUAUCUCGGUUCCUGCAGCGUGAGCGAGUCAUCAUGUUCAAGCUUUUCCCUACGUGCUGGCGCUGCAGCUGUCAGGAAUGACCCAGAUUUAUUACGAGCGUCAUCGCCAAGGCAGGUCCCUAAAUCUCGACCUGAUUUGUUCGACGCCGCCCGGGGUCUGUCGUCAUUAAUCGCGUGCCCGGGAACGUCGGCAGUACAUUCGAACCCGGCGUCAUCAAUAUCUGCAUGCACAAAUAUGUUCGAUCGGCGCCUUACUAUAGCUUAUGGGAUAUCUUCCAUAUUUCAGGAUACUUGCCCGCCGUACGGGAGAUCGUCCUCCCGAGACUCCCCGAACCGGGUAACAGAGACAACUCGACUAACCGGACCGCGUCUUCUAGGCCUCGAAGCCUCAGACACCGUGCUCGACUCGGCAGGCACCCGGCUCGUAGGCUCAUUAGAGCCAAAUUGUUGCGCCGCUUAUUGAUGGGGAUACCGGCGAAUCAUACGGCCGGAUAUCCUUCGACACACGCGAUUGGCGUGCGGCAGUACUGGCUUACUUGCAGGUCUCGCGGGGUUACACUGCGUAGGGCAGUGCCCUUGCGCCGGUCCCUUGCGGCGGCCUGCUAUUCGACUGAUUAUUCUGUAUCCAUCACCUGACUUUGAUUUUGCUAUUUCCGUUUUUCCCAUUCCCUUUUCGUCUAUAGAAUUUGGGGCGUUCGUCACUAGAUUGGCAACGGCGCAAUUUCCUUUUUUCCCAAUCCUUAAGUUUUUCUUGUAUCCCUUUCCGUUAGGUACUUUCGUUUUUCUUAGAUCUCCUCAACCA